AUGCGCUUCGGACGCCCCUCUAGUCAACUUCUCUUUGCCGGAGCGCUGGCGACUGUGGUCGCUGGUCCCACUGCGCACGGCAGUGAAUCCGAGCAGCCCCCAGCCACGCCUGAGGUUGCGGCCGACGGAGCUGGCGCGUUUCAACAGCCACGCCUUUUCAGCGGGUUUUCUCCCGCUGCUCUCGCACAGACGCUUGAAGAGACCAAGCACCAGUUCGCCCCCGAAGUCUUCCAGCAGAUCCAACUCGUCCUCCAGCAGGUUGAGUCUGAAGACUUGGCGAGCUUCUUGUCGCUGCUGCGUGGCGACGUGUCCGACCCGCUGGGGGCUUUGCUGCGCGACCCGCGCAUGGUGAACCAAAUGCGCACCGCCGAGCGUGUGUCCAAGAUCCUGGAGUCUUUUGCCAUGCAUGCGAACGUGACAGAGGAGAAGGCGAAGGCUCUGGAGGCGCUGUUGGCCAAGGAAAGCGCCUUGUUGGCAACGGGCCAGCAGUCGCUUGAGAGUUUCGAGCGGAAGCUCGAAGACGCAGAGGAGUUGCUGGAGGAGGAGGUGGUGGUGGCAGACGAAGACUUGUAA